UAUGAAUUAUGGAUGGUUACGACAAUAUAAUAGAUUGACUGAAAACAAGGUUAUUUCUAAAAUGUCGAAAAUAUUAUAUGCUCUUCUGCUAUCAAGUCUCGUGAGUUUAGGUACCAGCUUGAAAUGCUUUUCGUGCAACUCGGAAGAUUCUUGUAAAAAUGCCACUUCGGUUAUUUGUGACGACGAAGAGAACUACUGCCUUAGUUUGGAACUAACUCAAGUACAAAUAUACCACAGAGGAUGCACCACUGAUAAAAACUAUUGUAAAACUGAGAAUCCCACGAUUUAUACGCAAUGUAAUGUUUGCGAUUCAGAUGAAUGUAAUACUGAUAAGUUCAUGUGAAAACAUAAUAUUAAGCCAUUUAAUUUUCGAUUUCCAAUAACUACAGAACUAGAUCAU